AUGCAGAACUGGUACUGCUAUGCGAAAACAGUGGCAGAGCAGACAGCUUGGGAAGAGGCCAAGGAGAAAGGGGUGGAUUUGGUGGUGGUGAACCCAGUUUUGGUACUCGGACCACUUCUCCAACCAACCGUCAACGCCAGCAUCAUCCACAUCCUCAAGUACCUCACAGGCUCAGCCAAGACUUAUGCCAAUGCUGUGCAGGCCUAUGUGCAUGUUAGGGACGUGGCUCUGGCCCACAUUCUGGUGUAUGAAACUUCAUCUGCCUCGGGAAGGUACCUUUGUGGUGAGAGUGUGCUUCACCGUGGAGACGUGGUAGAAAUCCUAGCCAAGUUCUUCCCAGAAUACCCAAUUCCCACCAAGUGCUCGGAUGAAGUCAAACCAAGAGUAAAACCAUACAAGUUGACAACCCAGAAGCUACAAGACUUGGGUGUGGAGUUCACUCCAGUGAAACAGUGCCUAUAUGAAACUGUUAAGAGCUUGCAGGAGAAGGGCCACCUUCCAGUGCCUAAACCACAAGAAGAUUCCAUUAAAAUUCAAUCUUAA